CACCAGCAACAAAUAUAUAUAUAUAUUGCUGAUGAAUUUCAUCGUACGACUAUAUGAUAUUAUAUAGAGUGAUCUCCACUACCGGACAUUUUACCGAAAAUAAAUAGAAUAAGCUAUGUACGAAGGGAAAAUUGAAAUAUCGCUUAUACUUAUUGCAUGUCUAUUUCACAUGUCAUCUCAGUUUGUACUGGGCGGUUCUGCGAGCAGCAUAGACCAUUGUCCUGAUACAGUCGCUCAUGGAAGAUACCUGCAUUCAUUUCGCGAAAAGUGUUACGAGUUUGUCAUAUACAAAGAAAAGUAUUGGACGGAAGCGAGACAUGACUGUCAGAAAAAAGGUGGAGACCUUGUUCUAGUGGAUGACGCUGCUAUACAAACCUUCAUAGUCAGUACUCUUCAUACACUAGGGAACACAAAAGAUGGUGUCUGGAUAGGUCUCACUGAUAGGAGCAACGAACUACACUGGCAAUGGGUAAAUGGUGAGCAUUUGCAUGGUUACAACAACUGGGCACACUUACAAGGUGGGGCUAACUUUCUUCAUCUAACACAAGACUGUGCUCAAAUUCGCAUGGAUGACGGUGGACGCUGGCACGAUCGAGAAUGUCAUCUGUGGCCGCAGAAGUUCUCUUACAUUUGUGAAUAUGAGAUGUCAACACGUUAUACCAAUCUGCCGAAACUGUCCACAUCAGCGUCUACCCCUACAGAGUUUUCUUCUCUGUUAGCUUCAAGCUUCAAUACUAAAUCCGAAAGUCAACAAACAUCAACAAAAGAACUUCAACAGACUUUAGUAAAUACAGAAACUCCGAUUAAAACGCUGCAAACAGAAACCCCCUUUUCGACUGAUUUAUCACCUAAUCAUUCCAUACAAUUACUUCCGGUAUUGCCAGCUAACAUAGCAAACUCAAUUAAAACAUCUACUUUCUUGCGUACUCUUUCUACAUCAAAGACUAAAACGUCAGUUUUCUUGCAUACUGCUCCUGUCUCAAAGACAGGUUUAAAUUCACCAGGGACGAUACAGAGUCAUUUCACUACUGACGCAGCUGCAAUUAACAAUAAAAUAGAAACCAUACUUAUAACCAGACAUGAUUCCGCUACACCUACCAAAACAUUAACCACUUUACGGUCAGUUGACAAUGCUAGAACGUCUACAGAAAAGCCAGUUCUUUGUUCUGAACUAAACUGUGCUAACUCGUGUCCGAGAGGUUAUGCCGGAGUAUACGUAGGACUUGACGGAUGCAUAAGGUGCAGGUGUAACUAGGAUAGUACAAGCAAAAACGUAGUGCAGUCUGGUUUGAUCAACAUAAUUGUUGUAUAAUAACUGUAGGUAUUUUAGCCUGUUUCAGGAUGACACUAUUCUCAGAUCUUCCCGGCAAGUUUCAUCAAUAUACAAUUCGUUACGCUGACUUAGUAGUUUUAAAUUCCAGCAAAAAGCAUUUGUGUGAUUUAAUCUACAUAAAUAUGCAAAUGAAAUAAAAAGACGGACGCAAAAGCUUUCAGCUAAAGGUAGGCAUAGGAAACAGAGAUCAAUAAAAUUUACUAAUCAUACCUGUCCUGUUUUACAAGACCUGCUCUAAUGUAACAUUUUGAUACAAGCAAAACUGUAUUAUCUUCACUAUUAAAUACUUAGUGGUACAUUUGUAAAUCAUUUUAUUAUCGGCUUGUUAACAGUUAAUUUUUCACCAUAAGUAAGCUGACAAAAACAUAUGAAGCAGUUUUUAAAGGGUAAAUUAAACACAUAUGAAUAUAUCCUAAAUGUUUUUGUUGUUGCAAAAGGUAUGAUAUUGUGUCUAAAACCGUUUUCGUAUUCCACUCAAUUGUGUAAUUGCAAGGGAAGUAAACCAGUAGAUAUCUCUGAGUUGUCAUCUUUGCGGAUCACAACUUUGAAUUUAAAAAUAUUAAAACUUCUGUUAUUGGUGUAAACGAAACUAUCACAAAUUUCACAACUGUAAAA